GGGCAGCCUCCGCCUCUGUCGGGGCGGGCCCGGGCGAGGCGAUGGCGGCGCCGCUGGGUGCUGGAGGCUGGGGCGAGGCGGCGGUGGAGCAUUUCCAGCGGGGCGGGCGGCUGGCGCACCGCGACGGGGCCGGGGUCCGCUGGUGGCAUGCGGCCAACAGCAGGCUGAGAGCCCGGCAGGCCGCCAGCAGUGAGGCUCACAUGAUAGAAGCAGAUGUCCUUCUCCGUGGUGGCAAGGGAGACCCCAUCAUGGCUCAUCCGCCUGAAACAGACAGUGACAUCACGUUGCAGGAAUGGCUGGAUGUGAUUGUCAACACAGAUAAAGGCAUCAAGUUGGAUUUUAAGAGUCUAGAUGCCGUACAGCCUUCCCUGGAGCUUCUCGAGCGUGUGAAGCCGCAGUUGAGGCGACCUGUUUGGCUCAACGCAGACAUCCUGCCAGGACCGAACGGGAGCAGCAGCGCCGUGGAUGCGAAAGGAUUCCUUGACACGGUCACUUCGGUUUUCCCAGACGUAACCUUGUCGCUGGGGUGGACGACUGGGUGGCACCCUGACCAGCAAAAUAAAGGCUAUGACUGGACGAUGGUGAAAGAAAUGGCUCACAUAUGCAGUACACUUUCCCAGCCUGUUACCUUCCCUGUAAGAGCAGCAUUAGUACGACAGUCAAUGUCUGAGCUUUGUUGGUUAAUACAACAGUCAGACAGGUACAGCCUCACCAUUUGGACAGGGAAAGAAGAUGUGUAUUCUGUAGAAGAUUUGCUUUACAUCCGAAAAAACUUUGAUAAAAGUAGGGUUUACUAUGACAUCUUAGAACCACAAAAUUCUGAAUUCAAAAAAGCCAUAGGAAUAGAAUGCUAACUGUGAAGCCCAUGAGCUGAGACCUUGUAAUACUUCGCCUCUUUAAACAUGAAAACUUCUCGUUCAGUGAACAUACCCGUGGUUAUUGAGGAAGCUUUUGUGUAACUUUCUUAAAAGUUUUCCCAAAUAAUGCCUCUUUGAUAGGUCAGAAUUGUUACUUGCUCAUCAUAUGCAUCUCCCCUCUCCUUCUAGCACUUGUUCCCUGCAAGCAUAUAAAGAGGAGGGUGGCCUCAGUGCAUAGCUGUGGACCAUGAUAAUUUGCUACCAACUGCUUUUGUGUAAGCCAGUUAUGGGACACUUGAUGUCUACGAAAGAAAAUAGUUCACACUUUAUACAGGCAGACAAGAAUUGAGGUUGUAGUAAGUACAGAGAUACACAGUUUCUGAAAACUUUUUAUUUUGUAGCUCAACCUGAUACACUCCAUUUUUACUGCUGUCAUAAUAGACAAUUUUCUCAGUCCUAGUGAAUCGAAGAUUCUGAUUGCUGGGUGUGGGAUGCGUGAUGCUACAUGUCCCGGGCAGAUAAAAUAGUUAUUUUUCCUGAAUUAAAACUAAUCAAGUUCAUUGAAGUGUGGCAGUCAUACAUUUCAUGGCUUUCCUCCAUGCAUUCCAAGCCGUCAGCAGCAUGCACUGUGUCCCUGGACUGUGAAAAGCUGGAGUUGUAGCUAUAGCUGAAAGAGGCACUGGGGCAGAGAGAGAUGGUGAAAUGAACUGUAAUUCUGACCUGUACUUAAAGCACAUGGAUGGAUUGCAGUGAAGUACGUAUCAGCUACAGUAUUAAAAAGACCUACAGUGGUUUAUAAGAUCGAGAAGUGCUGAUUGUUCUUUCAAGAGUCUUAAACUAAAUUUUAAGUGUAAGAGUAGCUAUGUAAAAUGCUCUGUUGUAGUCUUUUUGAAAGCCAGAGGCUUUAAGAGUAAAAUAGCUGUACAGUAAUUGGUGCUUACCACAAAAAUUGUACAUUUCUGUGAUUGUACAGUUAUUUUCUACAUUCCCCUGUACUGGACGUCUUUUUGACUCACAGAAUGCAAUUUCAAAAAUUUUCGGAAGUUAAACUUUCCCUUCAGAAAAAAUAAACUCAUUGCAACCUUCUUUGUCAUCUGCAGGAAAAGGCCUAAUUUAAGCAUUUUUUUGCCUCUCUUCUGUCUGCAUUUAUUAAAAUGAAUGGCAGCAACCACCAAAAGGUCAACUUUGUCAGUGUGAUUCCUUUUAAUGAAUUGGGAGAAAAGAUGUAUUGUUUAGUUAACUAUGCCAACAUGAGCAGGUUUGAACAGAUUUAUCUUCUCUAUUCUUUGUAGCAUCUGUUUCUAUUGGCUUUGUGGGCACACUUUGCUAUUGCACUGGAAGAAGAGUCAUAAACUAUUUCCUUCCUUGCCAUAACUAUGGAGAAUAUUUUAAGUACUUUAAGGACCAUUUUCUAAUCAGAUCAUUUUGACCAACCCAGGUUUCAGGAGCUAUUACCUGAACAGGCAUGAAAACAGAUCUGAUCAUGUAGGGACACUCUUGGAUAAUGACCUUUUCACCUUACUCCUUUCCAGGGAGAACAGGACGUUUGACUGACCAAAGGUCCCAUUAACCAAAGUUCUGGAUGUUGCUUUGAGUCUAUAGUACAUACAGCAAGGUAGUAUGAAAAAGUAUAGUUCAGGUUUUUUAAUACCCGAAGUAUUAGGAGUUGUUAAAACUGAUUAAACUAUUAAGUAAUAAAACAUUAUCAGCAAUUGCCAGAAGUACUUUUAAGGAUACAGGCAUCGUAGAAGAAAUAUCACUGGCUAAUAUAUGUGGAUAUGAAUAAACAGAGAUAGUCAGAUGCAAUUAAAUGAAGACACAGUCUGAUUACCAGAAAAAUCAAUUAAGGUAACAAGACGUGUGAAAGUAGAUUAAACGAAGUGCUGGAGUGAGUUCUAUGAAGCGUUCUUGCAGUGACAGAAGGGUUUGACAAUAUUCUGAAGUUGAUUAUUCUGUAUGGGUUAUCCUUUAAAUCUGAAUUUCUCUCUGUUUUCUUUUUUUACCCAUGUAUCUCUGUUAGUUUUCUGCAAAAGGGCUUGGGUCCUGGUCUGACUUGCAUAAAAAUAAAUUAAUUUGACUUUGUUUCUCUGUUUUCAUGCUGUAAUAUCUCCUUGUAAUACCAGAUGUGUUAACUGUGGGGCUAGCAGUAAGACAGUAAAGAUGAGAUGAAAGCCAGUUGUUUAUUCUGUUGGAAACAGCUAUCUGUGAAAGUUCUGUGUUGCUCUAGCUGUUGAUGUCUCCUUUUUUACUCUCGCAAAUGAUCUAUUCCUUGUCCUUAAAACUUUCUUUAGGAGUUUUGCCUUCUGCUUGUGGAUUUUUUUUUUUUCUCCAGCAGUGUUACUUUGUUAUCUUUCAGCCAAGUUUUUAGACAUACUUGUCAUUGUUACAUAACAAACCCAGUUGUCUUUAAUGGAUUAGGUAUUGUUCUGGAUAUCCAGGUGAGUUAAUUGAUUAAUAAAACAUUUGAAAUUUACUUCAGAUGUAGCUCAAGUCAUAUAUUUUUCUGCGAAUUUGAUGGAACUUACUAAACAGAUAAUAUAAUGUCACAGAAGAGAGGUGGCAUCAUUAAUCCUCCAUAACUACUCAAUGAAAUUCAGAAGCAAUGUUUGUAAUGACUAAACCGAAACAGAAGCUAGUUUUCUGAGGUUUGUGUUUUUCAAAUGUACUGUGAAUUCAAAGAAAAUUCUUUAAAAACAGUUGAAUUAUUCAGUUUUGGUCUACUCUGACUGAAAACAAACAAGCAUAAAAAGCAACUGUCUUUUUCUUCAAGAUAGAUUAAAACCUUUUACUUUUUAUUUAUCAGUCGGCUGUCUGAUUAAGCCAUUUGCUAAUAUUAUCUCAAAUUUAUUUUGCAUUUAACUUUCCAUGAAAGCCUAUUUAAUGUUAUUGACCUCAAGCACUUGUGAUGGAGACAGAAGAAUUUGAUUCCAGCACCUGGUGCAUGUAAUCUUUUGUCUAUCAGUAGGGAUUGUGCAAUAGCUGCAGGAAAGUAUGUGAAACUUCUGAGUCCCCUUGUGCGAAUCGGAGUUUCUGGUACAGAUAAGAAGACAGAGAGAUUGAAUUACAGAGAAAGUUUUUGUACUUCAUUGAAUAAUUUGGCGACAAAAUAGUCCGUUCCUUUCCUUCCUUUUUUUCUUUAAGCAAAACUAUAGUAAUAGCAGUUAGCAGUGCUGUGAAGUUCAAAAUGUUUCAGCCGUUUUUCUUUUUUUUUGUUUUGUUUUUGUUUUAAAGAAACAUUUUUCAUGAAGUUUUGUUAAUUAGAAGUUGUUUUCUACCAUGAAACAAUAUUAUACAUCUUGAAAUUUCAAUUGAAAAGUAAUAUUGAUAGAUUUUUGAUGCUGUGUUUUGAUGUUUGUAGACUAUUAUUCUUUAGUCUGUUUGUCUUUUGUUGCGGUAAUACCUGUAUGUUUAUGCAAUGUGAUUCCCUAACGCCUAGGAUUAUCAUCUAUUAGUUUGGUGUAUAUACUGACAGUUUUCACCAGGAGUUUUAUGUACAAAUCUUGUAUGGAUCUAUGUGCAAAAAUGAGGCCUCCUAAAUAUAACCCAAGUCAGAG